GCGCCGAGGCAGGGCGGAGCGGCUGGACUCCGCCCGGAGCCGGGAAGCGAAGCCCCUCCCGCCUGCCCGGCGCGGGAGCCCGGGGGCGUCAUGGAGCCCCGGGUGGUUGCGGAUGCUGUGGAGGCGGGAGAGGAGGACGUGAUUAUGGAGGCUCUGCGCACGUACAACCGGGAGAACUCCCAGAGCUUCACGUUUGAUGAUGCCCAACAGGAGGACAGGAAGAGACUGGCGGAGCUGCUGGUCUCGGUCCUGGAGCAGGGCUUGCCGCCCUCCCGCCGCGUCACCUGGCUGCAGAGCAUCCGCAUCCUGUCCAGGGACCGCAGCUGCCUGGACCCUUUCACCGGCCGCCAGAGCCUGCAGGCACUCGCCCGCUAUGCUGGCAUCGCCUUCGAGCAGUCGGCCCCGGAGCCUCUGGACAUGGACGUUGUACUCGAGUCCCUUAAGUGCCUGUGCAACCUCGUGCUCAGCAGCCCGGUGGCACAGGUGCUGGCAGCAGAGGCCCGCCUGGUGGUGAGGCUCGCAGAGCGCGUGGGGCUGUAUCACAAGAGCAGCUUCCCACACGACAUCCAGUUCUUUGAUUUGCGCCUCCUCUUCUUGCUAACGGCACUUCGCACCGACGUGCGCCAGCAGCUGUUUCAGGAAUUGCGGGGAGUGCACCUGCUGACUAAUGCGCUGGAGCUGACGCUGGGAAUGACCCCCGAAGAGAACCCGCCUGAGCUCCUUCCUCCCCAGGAGACUGAGCGGGCCAUGGAGAUCCUCAAAGUGCUUUUCAACAUCACCUUCGAUUCCAUCAAGAGAGAGGUGGACGAGGAAGAUGCUUCCCUUUAUCGGCACCUGGGGACCAUCCUGCGGCACUGUGUGAUGGUUGCUGCUGCUGGAGACCGCACAGAGGAGUUCCACGGCCACACAGUGAACCUCCUGGGGAACUUGCCCCUCAAGUGUCUGGACGUCCUCUUUGCCCUGGAGCCACGCAAAGGCUCCUUGGAGUUCCUUGGAGCGAACAUGGAUGUGAUUCAUGUCCUUCUCAGCUUCCUGGAGAAGCGUCUGCACCAGGCCGCCCUCCACCCCACCCCCGACCUCAGGUCCGGUGGAGGCACAGCCCCGGUGACGGAGGCUCUUCUGCAGACGCACAGGCUGAAAGAGAGCGUGGCCCCGGUGCUGAGCGUGCUGACAGAGUGUGCCCGCAUGCACCGCCCUGCCAGGAAGUUCCUGAAGUCCCAGGUGCUGCCCCCACUGCGGGACGUGAGGACCCGGCCCGAGGUUGGGGAGUUGUUGCGGAACAAGCUCGUUCGCCUCAUGACACACCUGGACACUGAUGUGAAGAGAGUGGCCGCUGAGUUCCUGUUUGUCCUGUGCUCUGAGAGUGUGCCCCGAUUCAUCAAGUACACGGGCUACGGGAAUGCCGCCGGCCUCCUGGCUGCCAGGGGCCUCAUGGCGGGGGGCCGGCCUGAGGGCCAGUAUUCGGAGGACGAGGACACGGACACAGAUGAGUACAAGGAAGCCAAGGCCAGCAUAAACCCAGUGACCGGGAGGGUGGAGGAAAAGCCGCCCAACCCCAUGGAGGGCAUGACGGAAGAGCAGAAGGAGCAUGAGGCCAUGAAGCUGGUGAACAUGUUUGACAAGCUCUCCAGGCACAGAGUCAUCCAGCCCAUGGGGAUGAGUCCCCGGGGUCAGCUGACAUCCCUGCAGGAUGCCAUUUGUGAGACCAUGGAGGGGCAGCUCUCCUCGGAACCCGACUCAGACCCCGACUGAGGACAGCAGUCUUCUGUUCCCCCUUCAGAACUGGUGCUGCUUCCAGAGAUGUCCUUGGGACUGUGACCCGGGGAAGCCAUGUCCCUCUCUCCAGCUCAGAGACCCCUUUCUCUUUACUUCCAAAGUUCUGUUAAUGAUUUGUCUCUGGUCCAAUUUCUUACCUUUAGGACUGUGAGGGCCUUGUCCUGCUGCAGCUCUGGGAACUCAGCCUUGAUUUCCACAGAUGAAGUAGUUCUCACGUGUGUGCCAAGAGGAUGUGUGCAGAGGCUGAUGCCUGGGGCAGAGGCUGAGCGUGGGCACACACAAGCAUGUCUGGGUCUGGCACGCUUGCCCAGAGCUUCCAUGUCAAGCAAGCGCUGCAGUUCACGGGAAAAGAACUUGCUAGAACUGUGUGUACUAAUGUCAGAAACAUACUUCCAAGGUAUGCUCUGCUGUUUCUGUCCCCACUGAGCUCAGGACUGGUAGCCUCUUAGGCGUCCUUGGUCCUCGCUCGGCUGUCUGCUGUAGUAUCCACAGCACCCAAGCUCUCACCGGUUGUGACAGUGGAAUCCUGACCAUAAAUAGAUGAAGGGAAGUGCACCUCUUAGAGCCCUAAGUCUGGAUUUCUAUCACGUGCCACAAAGCAUCACAAAAACAUCAUCUUGGAAUAAAGAGUUUGAAGC